GAAGAACUCGCCCUGUUGGGGGCGGAUUUUUUUUAGAGCCAAAAAGCCAAUAGAAGGCUUUCGGCAUUUGCGCUUGAAAUCAAGGGAAUCACAAUUCACUCCAAAUAAGAAGGAAACGGUAGAAAAUUUACCAAGAAGAGCGGUUGACAUGGAUGCAAGCGAGGACCAAAACACAGGCGCCACCACAAACACCAACAACAAUGGAAAUCCUCCACCAAGCAGGAACUCCCGACCACCUCAGAUAGCUCACAUGUCUCUGUAUGAGCGACAAGCUGUGCAGGCUCUCCAAGCCUUGCAGAGACAGCCAAAUGCAGCUCAGUACUUCCAGCAACUCAUGCUACAGCAGCAGAUCAACAGUGCUCAGCUCCAUAACCUAGCUGCCGUGCAGCAAGCUACCCUAGCAGCUAGUCGGCAGUCUAACACCCCGAGUAGCAGCAUCUCACAGGCGCCCACCACUGUCAAUCUCAGCACAACGUCGGCAGGUGGAACGGCGGCAACCCCUCGUCCUCACGGGCCGGCCACUUCGGCGGCAACAACGGCCCUAAACCAGUCAGUGUUGUUGGGAGGGAACUCACCAGGACAAGGACAGAUGUAUCUUAGGGUCAACCGCUCUCUCAGGGCUCCACUGGCCUCUCAGCUCAUCUUCAUGCCGGGCGGUACAGCAACAGCUACUGUAGCAACAGUGGCCCAGACCCAGCAGCAGCAGCAGACUGAAGCAGUGCCUACCUCAGCUAGUGUUCAGUCUGACAAUGAUCAGGUGCAGAAUCUGGCCUUGCACUGUGCAUCCACUCCCAGAGCGGUUGCCAUCAAGUCGGAGCUGCCUGAGAGGAAAGACCCUGGCAGCUUCCCUCUCAGUCAGCAGCAGCAAAUUCAGCCGCAGCAACAGACGAGCAAAACAUCCACCAACACGAUGGCUGUGAAAGCCACCAACCAGGCCGCCAUGACUGUUCCUCCUGCGGCCUCUGUUGCUCCCUCCGCUUCCUCCUCCACGGCACUCCCUCUUUCCCAGCUCCUUCUGUCACCCUCCGCUGCUCCUGUCAUCCUGGUGCCCACCUCUAAUGUGCCUACCUCCACCCAGGGCUACUCCAUCGGCUCCAUCGCCCAGAAAGCCAAUGUCAACACGCAGACUCUGGUGGUGCAGCCCCUACAGCAGGCUAGCGCCGCUGCCGAUAAAGGCCCCGUUCCCAUCCAGCCCAAGACGGCGCAAGGACACCGCUUACCCAUGCAGGUGUCCCCUCGACAGCCACUCCCUAUUCUCCCGGCGCCGCCCAGUAAUAGCCAGGCGGCCCACAACCCCCCUCAUAUUCCUGUGCAGCUGGUGGGGGCCAGGCAGUGCACGGCGGGUAGCGUGCAGGCUGUGGCCUUGGCACAGACCCGGAAUGCUGCUUCCCAGGAGGGUACAGCUGUGGGGAACGUUAAUGUCCCCUCACACAACAGUGCUGCAACUGUGACAAAGUCCUCCAAUGGCUCCCUUAAGAGGAAGUCUGACUGCGAUGCACCCAAUGAGGUUGCUACAGAAGACCCUGCACAAGUGAAAGACUCAGCUCCUCCACUUUCUCCCGCGCCGACAAAAGACUCUGCCCCUCUUCUCCUCGCAGCCUCCUUCUCGUCGCCCCCCACCCUGUCCUUGCCUCUACCCCUAUCGAGGGUUGGCCACGGCGACAAAGAGCGUGCGCCGCUUCCCCAGGCGGUGGUCAAACCUCAGGUGCUCACCCACCUCAUCGAGGGCUUCGUCAUCCAGGAGGGAGCUGAGCCUUUCCCCGUUGCUGGCCUCCUCAAAGACCGUGAUUUUGCCCUGGGUGCUCGUGCAGAAACCGGACCUCCCUUGUUGAAAUGUGAAUACUGUUCAAGCCUUGCACCAGCCACCCAGUUCAAAGGAACCAAGAGGUUCUGCUCGAAUACUUGUGCUAAGAGGUACAAUGUAAGCUGCAGCCAACACUACAAGUCCAGCAGAGGGAGAAACGGCGGUGUGGCGCCGGUUCCACCUCCACCACCUGAGACCACUGCCAGGCGCCGUGGACCCCCCCGCCGGGGCAGCUCUGAUAAUAAGGUGUCUGGCCAGCAUCGACCUGUCAAGUGCCACUCUGACUCCAGCCGCUCGGAGGAUGUAACCAGCGACGGCGAGGAAGAGGAGGAUUCUCCCUCCCUUUCUCCGAGCUCCUCCCACUCCUGCUCCAGAGCUGAUCACAACGCUCCCCAGUUGGACGCCUCGGCCCCCGGGGGUCUCCCCAUGGAGACGGCCAGCUUCCUGUCAGCCACGCCUGCCCAGUGGAGCGUGGAGGAAGUGUGCAGGUUCAUCUCGUCACUUCAAGGUUGCGAGGAGCUGGCAGCCCACUUCCUGUCCCAGGAAAUAGACGGGCAGGCUCUGAUGCUUCUGCGCGAGGACCAUCUCAUCUCCACAAUGAACAUCAAGUUGGGUCCCGCACUCAAGAUAUGUGCCUCCAUCAACAGCCUGCGCGAGUGACCAUUGUUUACUCAUUCUUCUUGAACAUGAUUUGUAUUUUCUUAUGUUUUUACACUACACUACCAUGUGCAACAGUUUACAUGCUGGACCUUGAAUGUGCAAGAACAACCUUUUUUUUUGUUUUUACGGUUGUAUGAGUGAUGACAUUAAUAUGUUAAGUAUCCAUACCAAGAGGGAGAAAUAGUAUUUGACGUGAUGUAUACGGCAGGUAACAGUUGCCUACAGCGUCUCACAAAUGUUAUUACAACCUUAACAUUCCAGCCAACAUUUAUCUUCUCUAGGGACAAUACUAUAGAAAUUCAUAUACUAAGUAGUCAUUGUACAGCUUUACUGUCCACUGAAAAGGAGUCAACACAGAGCCGUUAUUGUCCAAUUCAGGGGUCACCAUGGUGCACACGGACACCAGGUAGCCCUCCACGACCACGAGGCACCGGUAAGGCUGCGUUUCAUUCAGGUUUUCAGUUAAUGCAAGAAAUGCAUUCUGAAAUACAACAUGUGAGUUGUGGAUACCAACAGUCUGUUAAUGUUCUGGUAAAACAAGUGUAUUUGUUGGGGUUAAUAUAAGCUAUGAAAAUAAAUGUCAGAAAAAUGAGUAGUUCUCAGCCAUUUUCAUUUUGUAAAAGUAGCUCUCACAAGAAAAAACAUUGGUGACCCCUGGUCUAAUGGUGCGCCUCUCAGUGAACAUCAAUGUCAGGGUCAGUAUUUUAUAUUUCCCUGUAUGAACCGCAGCUCCCUAGUGCCAGCUGCACUCACGCAGCCCCAGACCAUGAUGCUGUACCAUGAUGUAGGCAAAACAAAUCUUGCUCCUCACUUGCGUUGCCAGCUAUUUAAACAAUAGCUGUGUGUGGGCUCAUUUUCAGUGACUAGCAAAGCUAUACAAGCCCUACUUUGACUACAUAAACAGUAUUUAUGUGGUAACAGUGUCAAAGAGCUGUGAGUACCUUAAAGGUAGAAAAGCGCUAUACAAGUGAAAGUCCGUAUAUAUCCAAGUUUACUAGUAUUGUCCCUUGAGAAGUCAAACUGCUUAAAUGUGAUUUUUGGGAGAUGCUUUACGUGAACACACACAUUGCCUUCUCACUGUAAUUAAAAAUGGUGCUUUCAUUUGAUGUCAACUCUUUACAAGGAUUAGUUCAUAACGGUUUCAGAAGUUUUAGUUUUGUAUUUUUUUGUACUUAUAUUUUCCAUGUACAACAUUUUAGGAGCUCUAACCGACUUAGAGAAGAGAGGAGACUUGUUUUGGUCUUCCUCCACAGGCAGCCACUUUUGUCAAUGCAUCAGACUAUGAUGAUUAUUUAUUCACAUUGUUUCCUGCAACGUGGAAGCUUAGAAAACAUCACAUGAUCUGCUACAUGGCUAGAGGAGGUUGUAUACAAAGCAGGUAAACCAUCAUUCCACGGCAUCCACUAACAGCUGAACACCUUUCAAGUUCACAUUGGUUUCCUCCACUAAACCUUAACAUGUUUUCAUAGAGAAAAGACAAGCUUAAUAAUAAAAGUCCUAAG